ACACAAGAGCCACACCUACGCACCUUCCAACCACAGUACAAUAUCAUACUGCAGCUUUAAAAGGUCCCGGAUGACUUCCUGCUGAUUAGUAACACUUCAUACGCUCAGUCAAGUGACUCUCACUUCACUUUUCCCUUGUAUAUGGAAAUGGAGCACCAAAUGGAAAGCCAAAAGAGGGUCGGGGUGAGCAAAGAGGACUUAAUAUCUGAGCGGACUGGGUCUUUGGGAUGCUUUGGGUGGGUCAUCGUUAUAAUAGUUGGCAUCUUCACAGUGUGUCUCUUCCCCAUCACUAUUUGGUUUUGUUUGAAGAUAGUUCAGGAGUAUGAGCGUGCGGUUAUCUUCCGAUUGGGCCGCAUCACAGACAGGAAGGCAAAGGGACCAGGAAUUUUCUUCAUUUUGCCCUGCACUGAUUCAUGUGUGAAAGUUGAUCUGCGAACUGUUUCAUUUGACAUCCCUCCGCAAGAGAUUCUGACCAAGGAUUCAGUGACAGUGAGCGUGGAUGGUGUGGUGUACUUCCGCGUCAGUGACCCUAUUGCUUCCGUAGCUAAUGUCUCGAAUGCUGACUUCGCCACCCGCCUGCUCGCCCAGACCACCCUCAGAAAUGUCUUAGGCACCAAGAACCUUGCUGAGGUGCUGUCUGACCGCGAGGGCAUCGCUCAUAGCAUGCAGACAAGCCUGGAUGAAGCUACAGAUAACUGGGGUAUAAAGGUCGAGCGUGUGGAAAUUAAAGAUGUGAAGUUGCCUCAUCAACUGCAGAGAGCAAUGGCUGCCGAGGCAGAGGCUGCACGAGAGGCCAGGGCCAAGGUGAUUGCUGCCGAGGGCGAGAUGAAUGCAUCCCGCGCCCUAAAGGAGGCGUCGUUGGUCAUCGCCGAAUCCCCGUCAGCUCUGCAGCUCCGUUACCUGCAGACCCUCAACACCAUCGCCGCGGAGAAGAACUCGACCAUCAUUUUCCCCCUGCCCAUUGAUGUCCUUUCUCACUUCAUGCUGGCGGAUGCUGAUCUUUCGAUGAGGGGAAGCUCAAAGUGUGUCCACCUGUGAGUGCUUUGUGACAAUGGAGCAGCUGCUCGGUAGGGAAAGGAACUAGAGUGCCAGACGUCAAAUCUCCAAACACAAGCAGCUACAAUAAAAAAAACCCCAAAAAAACACAAGAAAUAGCGAAAUUUUUGCUCGUUUUUUUUAACUGCACGAAUGAUUGAAAAACUACAUGCAACGCAGUGAUAAAAAACUAAUUCUGGACAAAAGUUGAAUGCGUUGUAGCACAUAUUUAGUUAUUUAAUGACAUGUACACGCAACAGUAUACAUUUUCUAUACAUUCUUAGAGCAAUCGCCACUGUCUGGGAACAACAGGUAGUCCCCUGGUUACGAUGUACGCGACUUCCGUGAUCUACGACAUCGCGGUCUCGUUUUUUUGACCGUUUUUGUUUUGAAUGUUGACUUUUGUUUUGUCAUGCAUGCUUUUAUCUUGGCGCGGGAAGCGUAGAGCAGGUAGUACUAAUGGCACGUGAGUAAGAGCGCAUAUACAGGACACACGAAGAAGAACGUAUUUGCGCACACGAAGAAGAGCGCCCGGGCACGCGCACACAGGAGGAAGAACACUUUUUUUUUUGUUCUCACGAAAAAGUUGCGCAGCCGAGUGAGAAAGAGAGCGGAAAGCCUGCAAGCCUGCGCGCGCAUUUGUUGCUUGUGAAGCAUCCACAGAGGAAACAUCUUUUGAACUGUUUAUUGUUCGUUUUAUAUUGUGGUGGAAUACUUGAGGCAAGUUUAUGUGAUUGUUUUUGAUGAUGUGCGGACGCUAACUGAUACAUGCUAAUUGUUUUUGUGGAUUGUUACUGCUGCUGCUGGUUAUAAACGCAACUGUGAAUUGCUGUUAUUCAAGAUUAAACUGAUUUCAUUUCAUUUUUAUUUUAGUUAUAUUCUGCAAGUGUUGCUGUCAUGAGCAGCUGAAUAAAGUCAGCAAACCCCACGGAUGUUUGACAUCGUCAUUUCGGAGCUUAGCUAGCUUUCUAGCUAGGACUUCGCUCCAACGUCUUGACGAGGACAGUACAAUUACUUAUAACACAUGUUUUUGGAUAGUUAUUUUGAGAUUUAAGGGUGCUUAAAGGGUUAAUUCCAAGUUACACGGAAAUUCGGGUUACGUUGCCAGCGUAAGAAUGGAACUCGUUAGUAACCCGGGGACUACCUGUAUUUAAAAAAAAAAAAAAACUUUGUAACCUUAAUACAUUUACUUUCACUUUCUACUUACAGGAUACUGUAAAUUAAAGACAACUUUGAGUUAUUGUCUGGAAAAUAUUUGCCUUUAGUUCACUAAAAAUAACUUUCGACAUAUAUAUUUUUUUCUUAUUGUCUGAUAGAUGUUAAUCCCUAGGAUUUAUAUUAUUAUUUUGAUUAUCAUUGAGGAAAAAUGCUGUAACUGAUUAAUUCAAGCAGAUGCAUUGAAGAAAUUUUUGUGUUUUUCAAAUUUCAAAAUAUUUACUUAAUACCUGCCAUUACCAGCAAUAGACGUCCAAUCCAUUUGCACUGGGGGGGGGUCAGGCAGCGAUCGACCCCCCUAGUUAGAUUGAAUUAGACGUUUAAAACUGUCAAUGGCAGUGAUAGCGUGAUGCUAUACUUCUGUAAAUGGAGAAAUGGAGUGCAGGCGCGACUUCUAUAAAUGACGUCAUCAGGCAGCGACUGGCAGCGAGGAGCGUCCCUGUUGCUAAGGUGUUGCUAUGGCGGUAACUCAAAAACUAUGCUGUCAAUUCCAAUUUGUUGUUUCUUAUAUGAGUUUUGAAACAGCGAAUGAUGCAUUCAAUGAAAUGUCAUUGAGCAAUACGCUCUGGAGUUGAACUCUUCAUUAACCCAUUAAGUGAUACAAAAGACUCGGAUGUAAUCAAGCUCCCUGAUGUUUGCCCUUGGCCAUAAACACGUGUUAUUUGUUAUUGCAGAACUAUAAACUACUUGCUUGUAGUUUAAAGGGUAUGACAACACCUAGGUAAAUGCUAAUAUUCCAUCAUUUAUCCAUAAACGCAUGCCUUUUGGCAGUGGCGGUCCUGGCUACUUUCGCGCCUUGGGCGAACCACCCCA